AUGUCACGCGGUGACGAUAUCUUACGAGACAGUUCGCCGGAAACUCAGGUAAUGGGAUCAAACAAAAACCGCCUUUAUCAGUAUGCAAUCGAACAUGGAAUGAGUCCCAAUGAAUUCUCAAUCAUUGCAGAAGCCGAAAGAAAUGAGUGGACCAUGUGUUGUUUCCGAGAAGAGUUGGAAAGAAAUACCGUGGUGCAAUAG